UCCAUUGAUCACAUUCCCUCCCAAACUCUUCUCUUUCUUGGUUUUGAAAAUGUGUUGUACUUUCCCUUCCUAAUGUAACAACACAUCUUCAAAAGGUUCUUCAACUUUUGUGUGUGCUUUGCUUCAACAACAUAUACAAAUAGAGAGAAAAAGAAAGAGAUAGAGAGAGAGAGAUAUGAAGAACAUGAACACCUUGUUCACCAUUGCUAUCCUCAUCAUGGUGCUAACAGUUGCUAAAAGCCUCAGGCCUCAUCAUUAUAUAUCAGGAAACUUUAAUGGAAAAGGUACUUAUAGUGGAGAUGGAAGUCACAUGUACCCCGAGAAUGAAGCAAAGGUAGUAGAGCUUGGGAUGGAACUAUACCCAACUGGUUCAAGCUUGCCAGACUGUUCCCAUGCAUGUGGACCAUGCUUUCCAUGCAAGAGGGUGAUGGUUAGCUUCCAGUGUGCUACUGAGUCCUGCCCUAUUGUUUACAGAUGCAUGUGCAAAGGGAAAUACUACCAUGUUCCUUCCAAUUGACAAUGCCCAACAAACAGGGUUUUAAAUAACAGUAUACGCGUCAGCAUUCGCCGUUUUCAAAUUCUUAAAAGAUGUAAUGGAAUUAAUGGAUUAGUGUUGUUGCUGUUUUGUAGUGAUGAAUUCAAGUUUGUGUGUUAGUUUGUAUCUCAGAAAAGAAAAAAAAAAAUGAAGUGUUAGUAAGAGAGAUUUUAGUGUGAGCUUCCCUUUUUGUCCAAUUGGGAAGUUUGUAAAUUGUAGUACGAUAGUACGAAUUUUGCUAGUUUGGUGAGUAGGAGGAGAAAUAGAAUGUGUUCUUUUUUUGCUAAAAUGCUUGAUCAAAAUUCC